GCGGGCAGUGAAUCAUUUAGAAUCCGGAUCCAAGAGAGCUGUGAAAGGAAUUGAGCACAGCGUGAAUGGCCCUGGAGGGCAGAGCAAGCCCCUCUGGCUACCAUACUCCAUCACAAGACCAAUGGUGGGCCCAGGAGAAGGAAUGUCCAGGCCCAGCUCUUACCUCAGCAGCCUUCUACCCCUCUCCACCCCAGUGGCACUGCCUUCCCCUAGAGGUGACUCCAGAGGGAGGGGGCACCAUGCUGCUCCCUGCCCUGCUCUUUGGGGUGGCAUGGACGCUGGCUGAAGGGCGGUGGUGUGAAUGGACAGAGACCAUCCAGGGGGAGGAGGAAGUGACCCCCCGUCGGGAGGACCUGGUGCCCUGCACCCGCCUCUACCACUACAGCCGCCUGGGCUGGCGACUGGAUCUGUCCCGGCAUGGACGUGCUGGGCUCCCCAGCUCCCCAGCUCUGGGUCUCUGUCCCAUCUACAAGCCCCCAGAAACCCGGCCUGCUGCAUGGAACCGGACAGUGCGGGCUUGCUGCCCAGGCUGGGGAGGCACACACUGCACCCUGGCCCUCACCAAAACCAACCCUGAGGGCCACUGCUUUGCCACGUGGCAGUGCCAGUCACAAGCAGACUCAGCUAAUGCUUCAGCAGGAAGCCUGGAGGAGUGUUGUGCCCAGUCUUGGGGACACAGUUGGCAGAAUGGAAGCUCCCAAGCCUGCCUCAGCUGCUCCGGCCAACACCUCCCAGGCACCGCUCCCACUCCAGCCCUCCUGCAGCCCCUUGCGGGGGCCGUGGGCCAGCUCUGGAGCCAACGGCAGCGUCCCUCAGCCACCUGUGCCACCUGGUCAGGCUUCCACUACCGCACGUUUGACGGGCGCCACUACCACUUCCUGGGCCACUGCACCUACCUGCUGGCGGGCGCUGCUGAUUCCACCUGGGCUGUCCACAUCACACCUAGUGCAUAUUGCCCGCCACCUGGGCACUGUCAGCUGGUUCGGGUGAUGCUGGGACCCGAGGAGGUGCUGAUCCGGGGUGGAAAUAUCUCUGUGAACGGGCUGCUCGUACCUGACGGGGAGUCUCAGCUGCUCCAUGGGCUGAGCCUGCGGUGGCAGGGGGACUGGCUGGUGCUGUCAGGGGGCCUGGGGGUCGUGGUGCGACUGGACAGGUCCAGUUCUGUCUCCAUUUCCUUGGACCACGAGCUCCGGGGACAGACUCAAGGUCUCUGUGGGCUCUACAAUGACCGGCCUGAGGAUGACUUUCUGGAGCCAGGUGGGGGGCUGGCUGCAUUAGCUGCUACCUUUGGGAAUUCCUGGAGGCUCCCUGACUCUGAGCCGGGGUGUCUAGAUGCAGUGGAGGCGGCUCGGGGCUGUGAGGAACCCCUGGAGGGCAGCGAGGCAGACACGGAGGCUGGCCAGCUGCGAGCCGAAGCCCAGGAUGUGUGCCAUCAGCUGCUGGAUGGUCCAUUCAGGGAAUGCCAUGCCCAGGUUCCCCCCACCGAGUACCAUGAGGCGUGUCUCUUUGCCUACUGUGCGGGGGCGGCGGUGGGCAGCGGGCAAGAGGGGCGGCGGGAGGCUGUGUGUGCCACCUUCACCAGCUAUGCCCAGGACUGUGCCAGGCAGCACAUCUAUGUUCACUGGAGGAAGCCUGGCUUCUGCGAGCGCCUGUGUCUCGGGGGCCAGCUGUACUCUGACUGCGUGUCGUCCUGCCCGCCCAGCUGCUCGGCGGUGGGCGAGGGUGGGGAGGGGUCCUGCCGGGAAGAGUGUGUGAGCGGCUGUGAGUGCCCACCGGGCCUCUACUGGGACGGUGCCCUCUGUGUGCCGGCUGCCCGCUGCCCCUGCUACCACCGACGCCAGCGCCAUGCCCCUGGCGACACUGUGUACCAGCUGUGUAACCCGUGCGUGUGCCAGGAUGGCCGCUGGCACUGUGCCCAGGCCCCGUGCCCUGCUGAGUGUGCCGUGGGUGGGGACGGGCAUUACCUGACCUUGGACGGGCGGAGCUUCUACUUCCGGGGCAGCUCAGGUUGCCGCUACAGCCUGGUGCAGGACUAUGUGAAGGGGCAGCUGCUGAUCGUGCUGGAGCAUGGGGCCUGCGACACUGGGAGCUGCCUCCACGCCAUCUCUGUCUCCCUGGGGGAAACCCAUGUCCAGCUCAGGGAUUCAGGAGCUGUACUGGUGGAUGGGCAGGACGUGGGGUUGCCCUGGACAGGGGCUGGGGGCCUCGGCGUCUUCCAAGCCUCCUCCUCCUUCCUGCUGCUGCACUGGCCCGGGGCCCGGGUCCUCUGGGGAGUGUCAGACCCUGCUGCCUACAUCACCCUGGACCCCCGCUAUGCCCACCAGGUGCAGGGUCUGUGUGGCACGUUCACCUGGAGCCAGCAGGACGACUUCCUAACACCCGUGGGUGACGUGGAGACCAGUGUCGCUGCCUUCGCUAGCAAGUUCCAGGUGGCAGGCGAGGGAAGGUGCCCCCCAGGGGACAGUGCCCUGCUUUCCCCCUGCAGCACCCACACCCAGCGCCGCAUUUUCGCCGAGGCAGCCUGUGCCAUCCUGCACAGCUCAGCCUUCCAGGCAUGCCACGGGCUGGUGGACGGGGAGCCCUACCAGCUGCGCUGCUUGGCGGCCAUGUGUGGCUGUGCCCCGGGCAGGGACUGCCUGUGCCCUGUGCUCUCUGCCUACGCGCGCCACUGUGCCCAGGAGGGGGCCCUGCAGCCCUGGAGGAACCGGACCCUCUGCCCUGUCACAUGCCCUAGUGGCCAGGAGUAUCAGGAGUGUGCUCCAGCUUGUGGUCGAAACUGUGGAGAGCCAGAGGACUGCAAGGAUCUGGGGGGCUGCGUGGCUGGCUGUAACUGCCCCCUGGGGCUGCUGUGGGACCCUGAAGGCCAGUGCGUGCCCCCCAGCUUAUGCUCCUGCCAGCUUGGGGCCCAUCACUAUGCCCCUGGCAGUGCCACCAUGAAGGACUGCAACCGCUGUGUCUGUGAGGAAAGGGGCCUCUGGAACUGCACUGCUCGCCGCUGUCCCCCGCAGAGGGCCCUCUGCCCUGGCGAGCUUGUCUUUGUCCCUGGUGCCUGCCUCCUCACCUGUGACAGCCUAAGCGCCAACCAUUCCUGCCCCGUGGGCAGCACCAAUGGCUGUGUCUGUCCCCCAGGCUCCGUACUGCUGGAUGAACACUGUGUACCUCCUGAGCUCUGUCCCUGCCGUCACAGUGGGCAGUGGUACCCGCCCAAUGCUACCAUCCAGGAGGACUGCAACAUUUGCAUGUGCCAGGGCCGGCAGUGGCAAUGCACGGGGCAGAGGUGCAGUGGACGCUGCCAGGCAUCGGGUGCCCCCCACUAUGUGACAUUUGAUGGGCUGGCGCUGACCUUCCCCGGGGCCUGCGAGUAUCUUCUGGUUCGAGAAGCCAGUGGCCGAUUCACCAUCUCUGCCCAGAACCUGCCGUGUGGGGCAAGUGGCCUCACCUGCACCAAGGCACUGACCCUGCAGCUGGAGAGCACUGUCAUUCACAUGCUUAGAGGCCGGGCAGUGACGGUGAAUGGGGUGAGCAUAAUGCCCCCCAAGGUCUACACAGGUCCUGGGCUGAGCCUGCACCGGGCCGGCCUCUUCCUGGUGCUCACAGCCCGCCUGGGCCUCACCCUGCUCUGGGAUGGAGGCACCCGGGUGCUCGUGCAGCUGUCCCCCCAGUUCCGCGGCCGUGUGUCUGGACUGUGUGGAGACUUUGAUGGAGAUGCCAGUAAUGACCUGAGGAACCGCCAGGGAGUCCUGGAGCCCACCGCUGAGCUGGCUGCCCAUUCCUGGCGCCUCCGUCCCCUCUGCCCUGAGCCAGGAGACCUGCCCCACCCCUGCUCCGUGAAUGGCCAUCGGGCAGGCUGGGCUCGGGCUCGCUGUGGGGUGCUGCUGCAGCUGCUCUUUGCCCCGUGCCAUGCAGACGUGCCCCCCCAGCGGCACUACGAGUGGUGUGUGUAUGACGCCUGCGGCUGUGAUUCUGGGGGUGACUGUGAGUGUCUCUGCUCAGCCAUUGCCACCUAUGCAGACGAGUGUGCCCGGCAUGGGCAUUAUCUGCGCUGGCGCAGCCAGGAGCUCUGCCCCCUCCAGUGUGAAGGGGGCCAGCUGUAUGAGGCCUGUGGUCCCACGUGUCCCCCCACCUGCCGAGACCAUGGUCCUGAGCCCGGGUGGCACUGCCAGGCUGUUGCCUGCGUGGAGGGCUGCUUCUGCCCCGAGGGGACCCUGCUGCACGGAGGAGCCUGCGUGGAGCCCACUUCCUGCCCCUGUGAGUGGGAGGGCAGCUUCUUCCCACUGGGAGCUGUGUUGCAGAAGGAUUGUGGGAACUGCACGUGCCAGGAAAGCCAGUGGCAUUGUGGGGCUGAUGGUGCCCGCUGUGAGGAGCUGGUGCCUGGCUGUGCAGAGGGAGAGGUCCCAUGCCAGGAGAGUGGGCACUGUGUGCCCCACGAGUGGCUUUGUGACAACCAGGACGACUGUGGCGAUGGCUCAGAUGAGGAGGGCUGUGCCACCCCAGGCUGUGGGGAGGGGCAGAUCUCUUGCAGCCCCGGCCACUGUCUGCCCUUGAGUCUGCGCUGUGACGGGCAGAAUGACUGUGAAGAUGGCACAGAUGAGCAGGGCUGCCCUUGCCCCCAGGGAUUGCUGACCUGUGCUGAUGGGCACUGCCUGCCCCCGGCCCUGCUCUGCGAUGGCCGUCCUGACUGUCCGGACGCCGCUGAUGAAGAGUCCUGCCUGGGGCAGGUGAACUGUGCCCCUGGGGAGGUGUCCUGCGUGGAUGACACCUGCGUGGAUGUCGUCCAGCUGUGUGAUGGAGUCUGGGACUGCCCAGAUGGUGCAGACGAGGGGCCUGGGCACUGUCCCUUCCCCUCUCUGCCCACUCCCCCUGCUGGCACCUUGCCUGGCCCCUCCACUGGCUCCCUGGGGACCGUGCCAUCUCCUGGGGCCAGUGUCAGCCCUGGGCCGUCCUGCGGCCCGUUCGAAUUUCGCUGCGGCAGCGGCGAGUGCACCCCGCGGGGCUGGCGCUGCGACGACGAGGAGGACUGCGCCGACGGCAGCGACGAGCGCGACUGCGGCCGGCCCUGCGCGCUGCACCACGCGCCCUGCGCCCGCGGCCCGCGCUGCGUGCCCCUGGGACAGCUGUGCGACGGCGUGCCGCAGUGCCCCGACGGCUCGGACGAGGGCCCCGACGCCUGCGCCCUUCUGCCGCUGAGGGGCCAAGGAGCACAGCAGGACACUUGUACUGUGGUCGCAGGCUCCACCCAGCUGCCCCCGUGCCCCGGCCUCUUUCCCUGUGGUCCAGCUCCCCGACUGUGCCUGAACCCUGACCGCCUCUGCGAUGGGAUCCCAGACUGCCCUGAGGGCGAAGAUGAGCUGGGCUGUGAGGGGAUGCCAGCUCCAGGAGGCCCCAAUAGGACUGGGCUUCCAUGCCCAGAAUACUCGUGCCCUGAUGGUGCCUGCAUCAGUUUCCAGCUGGUGUGUGAUGGUCAACCUGACUGUGAAUUGGCAGGGGGGACAGGGCCCUCCCCAGAAGAGCAGGGUUGUGGGUCCUGGGGUUCUUGGAGCCCGUGGGGGCCAUGCAGCCAGACGUGCGGGCCUGGGGUGCAGGACCGGAACCGCCGCUGCUCCUCGGCUGGGCUCCCGGUGCUGCAGCACUGCCCGGGCCCUGAGCGCCAGUCUCAGGCCUGCUUCACUGUGGCCUGCCCAGUGGAUGGUGAAUGGACCUCCUGGUCUCCCUGGUCGCCAUGCUCUGAGCCAUGUGGGGGCACCAGGUCACGGCAACGGCAGUGCCACCCACCUCAGAAUGGGGGCCGGAGCUGUGCCAUGCUUCCUGGGGACCCUCACAGCACCCGCCAGACCAAGCCUUGCCUCCAGGAUGGCUGCCCCAAUGCCACCUGCUCCGGGGAGCUGGUGUUCCGGCCCUGUGCCCCCUGCCCUCUCACCUGCGAUGACAUCUCUGGUCAGGCCAUGUGCCCACCUGACCAGCCCUGCAGCCCAGGCUGCUGGUGCCCAGAAGGGCGGGUGCUGGGCAGCAAGGGGCAGUGCGUGCAGCCCUGGCAGUGCCCCUGCCUGGUGGAUGGUGCCCGCUACUGGCCGGGGCAACGCGUCAAGGCCAACUGCCGGCUCUGUAUCUGCCAAGAUGGGCAGCCCCGGCGCUGCCGGCCCAACCCAGACUGCGCUGUGAACUGCAGCUGGUCAUCUUGGUCCCCUUGGGCUGAGUGCCUGGGCCCCUGCGGGAGCCAGAGCAUUCAGUGGUCCUUCCGGAGCCCCAACAACCCCAGCCCUUCCAGCCAAGGUCACCAGUGUAGGGGCAUCUACCGCAAGGCCCGAAGGUGCCAGACAGAGCCAUGCAAGGAGUGUGAGCAGCAGGGCCAGGCCCACCGCGAAGGGGAACGGUGGCGCGGGGGCCCCUGCCAGGUGUGCCAGUGUCUGCACAACCACACGGUGCACUGCUCCCCCUACUGCCCGCUGGGCAGCUGCCCCCAGGGCUGGGACCUAGUGGAGGGAAUGGGAGAAUCGUGUUGCCACUGUGCUCUGCCUGGAGAGAACCAGACAGUCCAUCCCAUGGCCACCCCUGCCUCCGCUUCAGCCCCCAGUCCCCAGAUCGGACCCCCUCUGGUCACCUACCAUCUGCCUCCGCUGGGAGACCCCUGCUAUUCACCCCUGGGCCUGGCAGAACUCCCCAGAGGGAGCCUGCAUGCAUCGUCCCAGCAGCUGGAGCACCCCGCUUGGGCUGCCCUCUUGGGACCCCCCAUCGAGGGGCCUGACCCUCAGGGCUGGAGCCCUGGGGAAGAGGCUUAUGCUGAGCUGCAUUCCCGCCCCCCCUACCUGCAGCUGGACCUGCUGCAGCCCAGGAACCUCACCGGCAUCAUCGUGCAGGGCGCUGGCUCCUCAGGUGCCUACGUCACCAGUUUCUCACUCCAGUUCAGCAGCGACAGUCUACACUGGCAUGACUAUCGUGAAGUCCUGCCUGGCAUCCUGCCCCCGCCUGAGCUUUUCCCUGGGAACUGGGACGACUCGACCCCCGCGGUGAGGCCCUUCGAUCAGAUGGUGCAGGCGCAGCACGUGCGGGUCCAGCCCCGGGGCUUCCACCACAGCAUCUUCCUGCGGGUGGAGCUGCUGGGCUGCGGGCCAGUGUCCCCGCUGACGGCAACUCCGUGCCCGGGGGUUGGGCCCCGCUGUGCCAGCGGCGAGUGUGCCCCGAGGGGGGCCUCCUGUGAUGGCGUCAACGACUGCGAGGACGGCUCGGAUGAAGAGGGCUGCAUGCCUCUGCCCACCGGGGCUGGCAGGGUCCAUUCCACAGCCAGGACCCUGGCCCUCGCCUCCACCCAGCACAGACAGCUGGUCUCCCAGCCCAGGGAGGGUCUGGCAGAGAUGGAACGCUGGCAUCCCAGGCAGGGGUCACCCAGACCCCCCACAGGGAGGGGGCCAGUGAGUCCUGCCCCAGCCUCCAGGGCUCCUCACCCGAGUUCUGGGGAGUCGGUGCAGAUGGAGACCACCUCCCCAACACCCCAGCCUGGGGCCAGGACCCCACAACCAGGAAUGGCUGCCGUGACCGUGCUGCCACUGCACUCCGUGACGCCGGUGGCCCCUGCAGGCCAGAGUGUCCCCCCCGGGCCCUUCCCGCCCGUGCUGUGCAGCCCUGGCCAGGUGCCCUGUGCAGUGCUGGGCUGCGUGGAGCCGGAGCAGCUGUGUGACGGGCAGGACGACUGUCUGGAUGGCUCUGAUGAGCGGCACUGCGGGAGCACCGAGCCCUUCACGGUGCCCACAACGGCUUUGCCUGGGUGGCUGGCCUCACGAGCCACCUGCUCCCCGAGACAGUUGAGCUGCGGCAGCGGGGAGUGCCUUCCCGCCGAGCAGCGCUGCGACCUGAGGCCUGACUGCCAGGAUGGCUCUGAUGAGCACGGCUGUGUGGACUGCGUGCUGGCUCCCUGGUCUGGCUGGAGCAGCUGCAGCCGCAGCUGUGGGCUGGGCCUAGCCUUCCAGCGCCAGGAGCUGCUGCGGCCUCCCCUGCCUGGGGGCAGCUGCCCACUCGACCGUGUCCGCAGCCAGCCCUGCUUCGUGCAGGCCUGCCCAGUGGCGGGGGCGUGGGCCGUGUGGGAGGCCUGGGGCCCCUGCAGUGUCUCCUGUGGGGGUGGUUACCGGAGUCGCCGGAGGAGCUGUGUGGACCCCCCACCCAAAAACGGUGGUGCCCCCUGCCCUGGGGCCUCCCAAGAGAGGGCACCCUGCAGCUUGCAGCCAUGCAGAGGUGGUACAGACUGCGGGCUGGGCCGCGUGCAUGUGAGCGCUGAGCUGUGCCAGAAGGGGUUGGUGCCCCCGUGUCCACCCUCCUGCCUGGAUCCGGAGGCCAGUGGAAGCUGCAGUGGGCAGUGUCUGGAGGGAUGCCGCUGUCCCCCUGGGCUCCUUCUCCAUGACAGUCGCUGCCUGCCCCUCUCCCAGUGCCCCUGCCUCGUGGGCGAAGAGCUGAAGCACCCAGGCCUGCCCUUCCUCCUGGACAACUGCAGCCAAUGCAUCUGUGAGGAGGGGGCUCUGCGUUGUGAAUUAGGGGGAUGUCCUGUGCACUGCGGCUGGUCAGCCUGGACUUCCUGGGGUCCCUGCGACCACUCCUGUGGCUCUGGAUUGAGGGCCAGGUUCAGGUCCCCCUCCAAUCCUCCCGCUGCUUCUGGGGGUGCACCGUGUGAAGGAGACAGGCAAGAGGUGCAGGCCUGCCACAUGGAGUGCGGGGCAGAGGGGCUGGGCUGGACGCCCUGGUCGCCCUGGUCCCCCUGCUCCCAGAGCUGCCUUGCGCUCGGCGGAGGCCCAGGCUGGCGCAGUCGUUCCCGGCUCUGCCCCAGCCCCGGGGACACACCCUGCCCAGGAGAGGCCACCCAGAAGGAGCCCUGCAGCCCUCCUGUGUGCCCAGUGCCAAGUGUCUGGGGCCUGUGGGCUCCCUGGUCCGCUUGCUCGGCCCCCUGUGAUGGAGGCAUCCAGACACGUGGGCGCAACUGCUCUGCUUCAACCCCCGAGGACCCCGAGUGCCGGGGACCCCACAGCCAGACCAGGGACUGCAACAUGCAGCCCUGCACAGCCCGGUGCCCCGGAGCCAUGGUGUUCCGCUCAGCUGAGCAGUGCCACCGGGAGGGGGGUCCGUGCUCUCAGCUGUGCCUGGCACGGGGCCCAGGGGUGGAGUGCAUGGGCUUCUGUGCUCCUGGCUGUGCCUGCCCCCCCGGCCUCUUCCUGCACAACACCAGCUGCCUGCCCCUCAGCCAGUGCCCCUGCCAGCUGCGGGGGCAGCUGUACUCACCGGGGACAGUGGCUCAGCUAGACUCCUGCAACAACUGCACCUGUGUGUCUGGCGAGAUGGAGUGCACCUCCCAACCCUGCCCAGUGGCCUGUGGCUGGAGUCCCUGGACCCCAUGGAGCCCCUGCAGUCGCAGCUGCGAUGUGGGCAUCCGGCGGCGCUUCCGGGCAGGCACUGCACCCCCAGCUGCCUUCGGCGGGACUGAGUGCCAGGGCCCCCACAUGGAGGCUGACUUCUGCAGCCUGCAGCCAUGUCGAGGUCCUGGCGGGGAGUGGGGCCCCUGGUCACCUUGCUCCGUGCCCUGCGGUGGUGGCUACAGGAACCGCACCCGAGGCAGUGGCCCACACAGCCCUACUGAUUUCUCUGCCUGUGGUCUGCAGCCCUGUGCAGGGCCAGAGCCUGGUGUGUGUCCCAGGGGCAAGCAGUGGCUAGACUGUGCCCAGGGCCCUGCCUCCUGUACAGAGCUCAGCACCCCAGGAGGGACUAACCACACCUGCCACCCCGGCUGCUACUGCCCAUCUGGGACUGUCCUGCUGAACAAUGUGUGUGUGCCCACCCAGGACUGCCCCUGUGUCCACGGGAGCCGCCUCUAUCCCCCAGGCAGUACCGUGCUCCGUCCAUGUGAGAACUGCUCCUGUAUCUCUGGGCUCAUCACCAACUGCACCUCUUGGCCUUGUGAGGCGGGCCAGCCGGCGUGGUCACCCUGGACCCUGUGGAGCGAGUGUUCGGCCUCCUGUGGCCCCGCCCGACGCCACCGGCACCGCUUCUGCUCCAGGCCCCCCCGUGUGGCCCUGCCCAGCGAGGUGCCAUCUGACGAGGCGCCGCUGCCCCCGCUGACCACUCCCGUGCCCCUUUGCCCAGGCCUCGAGGCCGAGGAAGAGCCCUGUCUGCUGCCGGACUGUGAUGGAGCGGGAGGCUGGGGACCUUGGGGUCCCUGGUCAAGCUGUAGCCGGAGCUGUGGGGGCGGCCUGAGGAGCCGGACCCGAGCCUGUGACCAGCCCCCGCCCCAGGGACUGGGGGAUUACUGCGAGGGGCCCCAGGCCCAGGGGGAAGCCUGCCGGGCUGUGCCCUGCCCAGCGACCAACUGCUCUGCCAUUGAAGGGGCCGAGUUCAGCCCCUGCGGCCCACCCUGUCCUCGCUCCUGUGAUGACCUAGUGCACUGUGUGUGGCGCUGCCAGCCCGGCUGUUACUGUCCCCCGGGCCAGGUGCUGAGUGCCGACGGGGCCACCUGUGUGCAGCCGGGACACUGCGGCUGCCUGGACCUGCUGACCGGGGAGCGGCACCCUCCGGGCGCCCAGUCGGCAGGGCCCGAGGGCUGCAGCCAGUGCACCUGCCUGGAGGGAAAACUGAAUUGCACAGACCUGCCCUGCCCAGUGCCUGGAGGCUGGUGCCCGUGGUCUGAGUGGACGGCGUGCUCACAGCCCUGCAGGAACCAGAGGAGGGUCCGCUCCAGGGCCUGCACCUGCCCCUCACCCCAGCAUGGGGGGGUGCCCUGUGCCGGGGAAGUGGGGGAGGCAGGGGUCCAGCACCAGAGAGAGACCUGCCCCAGCCCCGCUGCCUGCCCAGCGGAUGGAGCCUGGAGCCCUUGGGGUCUGUGGUCUCCCUGUGAUGCAUGCCUGGGGCAGUCCCACCGGAGCCGGGCGUGUAGCCAGCCCCCCACCCCUGAGGGAGGCAGGCCCUGCCCCGGGGCUCACGUGCAGAGUCGUCCCUGUCAGGACAAUUCCACCCAGUGCACAGACUGCGGGGGUGGUCGGGGUCUCCUCCCCUGUGGGCAGCCCUGCCCGCGCUCCUGCCAGGAUCUAUCCCCCGGGAGCAUGUGCCAGCCAGGCCCCACGGGCUGCCAGCUCAGCUGUGGGUGUCCCCCCGGCCAGCUGUCCCAGGACGGGCACUGUGUGCCCCAAGCCCACUGCCGCUGCCAGUUCCAGCCUGGAGCUAUGGGGAUCCCUGAGAACCAGAGCCGGUCAGCAGGGUCUGGGCUCAGCUCCUGGGAGAGCCUGGAACCAGGAGAGGUGGUGACUGGGCCCUGUGACAACUGCACCUGUGUGGCAGGCAUGCUGCAGUGCCAGGAGGUGCCCAGCUGCCCAGGCCCCGGGGAGUGGCACACCUGGGGCCCCUGGGAGGCCUGCAGCGUUCCCUGCGGGGGAGGAGAGCAGUUGCGCUCCCGGCGCUGCGCCCGCCCCCCCUGCCCGGGGCCUGCCCGCCAGAGCCGCAUGUGCCACACCCAGGUCUGCAAAGAGGCCGGCUGCCCUGCUGGGCGUCUCUACCGAGAGUGCCAGCCCGGCGAGGGAUGCCCUUUCUCCUGCACCCACCUCACAGAGCAGCUGGACUGCUUCUCUGAUGACUGCGAGGAGGGAUGCCACUGCCCCGAGGGCACCUUCCAGCACCGUUUGGCCUGUGUCCAGGAGUGCCCCUGUGUGCUGACAGAGUUGCUGCUGCAGGAACUGGGUGCCUCUGGGGACACCACCACCCACCCAUCCGUUUUGGGAGAGGGGGGUCAACCUCUUGGGCCUGGAGAUGAGCUGGGCUCAGGAAAAACCCUUUAUGCAGGUUGCAGCAACUGCUCCUGUGCGCACGGGAAGCUGGCCUGCUCUGUGGAAGACUGCUCGGUGGCCGGUGGCUUCAGUCCCUGGAGCACGUGGGGUCAGUGCUCCCGCUCCUGUGGCGGGCUGGGCAUCCGCACCCGCAGCCGUCAGUGUGUGCGCCCCGCGCCCUCCCGCGGUGGCCAAGGCUGCCCCGGGCGCCGCCAGGACCUCGAGUACUGCCCCAGCCCGGACUGCCCAGGGGCUGAAGGGGCCACAGAGGAGCCAGUGACGGGCCUUCCAGGCGGAUGGGGCCCAUGGUCCCCCUGGUCCCCCUGCUCCCGCAGCUGCACAGACCCCGCUCACCCUGCAUGGCGCAGCCGCACCCGCCUCUGCCUGGCUAACUGCACCAGCGGGGACACCACAGAGGCACGGCCCUGCAACCUGCCCUCCUGCACAGAGCUGCCCCUAUGCCCCGGCCCCGGCUGCGUGGCCGGCAACUGUUCCUGGACAGCCUGGGCCCCCUGGGAACCUUGCUCCCGCAGCUGUGGGGUAGGGCAGCAGCGCCGCCUGCGGGCAUACCGCCCACCGGGACCUGGCGGGCACUGGUGCCCUGACAUCCUUACUGCUUACCAGGAGUGCCGCUUCUGCAACCUGCGUGCUUGCCCAGUGCCUGGUGGCUGGUCCCGCUGGAGCCCCUGGUCCUGGUGUGACCGCAGCUGUGGUGGGGGCCAAUCCCUGAGGAGCCGCAGCUGCUCUAGCCCCCCACCCAAGAACGGGGGUGCCCCCUGUGCUGGGGAGAGGCACCACGCACGGCUCUGCAACCCCAUGCCUUGUGAGGAGGGCUGCCCGGAUGGGAUGGAGGUUGUAGCCUGUGCCAACCGCUGCCCACGCCGCUGCUCAGAACUCCAGGAAGGAAUCAUGUGUCAGGACGACCAGGCCUGCCAGCAGGGCUGCCGCUGCUCUGAGGGGUUCCUGGAACAGGAUGGCAGCUGUGUGCCAAUCGGACACUGUGAGUGCACGGAUGCCCAGGGGCACAGCUGGGCCCCGGGGAGCCAGCACCAGCAGGCCUGCAACAACUGCACAUGCCAGGCGGGGCAGCUCUCCUGCACAGCUCAGCCCUGCCCGCCUCCCGCCCACUGUGCCUGGAGCCGCUGGUCAGCCUGGAGUCCCUGCAGCCGCUCCUGCGGGCCUGGAGGGCAGCAGAGCCGCUUCCGAUCCUCCACGUCGGGCUCAUGGGUCCCCGAGUGUCGAGAGGAACAGUCACAGAGCCAGCCCUGCCCUGGGCAGCCCCCAUGCCCACCCCUGUGCCUGCAGGGUACCCGCCUCCGCUCCCUGGGGGACAGCUGGCUGCAGGGAGAGUGCCAGCAGUGCUCCUGUACCCCGGAGGGCGUGAUGUGCGAAGACACCAAGUGUGCAGGGCCCGGGGCCUGGGCACCAUGGUCUCCCUGGUCUGACUGCCCUGUCUCCUGUGGAGGUGGAAGCCAGCUCCGCACUCGGGCCUGCGUGGCCCCGGCCCCUCAGCACGGGGACCCACCCUGCCAGGGCCCCAACACCCAGACCCAGGGCUGUGGGCAGCAGCCGUGCCUGGGGUUGCUGGAGGCCUGUUCCUGGGGACCAUGGGGGUCCUGCUCCCGGAGCUGCGGCCCAGGCCUGGCCUCCCGCAGUGGGUCCUGCCCCUGCCUGCCACUCGAGCCAGAGCCCGGCUGCAAUGGUACCUUCCUCCCCCUGGACACCCAGGCCUGCUACCUCGGGCCCUGCCUGGAGGAGUGCAUGUGGAGCAGCUGGAGCAGCUGGACGAGGUGCUCCUGCCAGGUUCUGGUCCAGCAGCGGUACCGACACCAGGGCCCAGCCCCCGGGCAGGGUGGAGAGGGCACCCCCUGCACACGUCUGGACGGCCAUUUCCGGCCUUGCCUCAUCGGCAACUGCUCUGGGGACAGCUGCCCGCCUCCCUUUGAGUUCCAGGCCUGUGGGUCCCCCUGCACUGGGCUCUGCGCCACACACCAGCACCAUCAGCUCUGCCAGGACCUGCCUCCCUGCCAGCCUGGCUGCUACUGUCCCCAGGGACUGCUGGAGCAGGCUGGCGGCUGCGUUCCCCCAGAGCAGUGUAACUGUCUGCACAUUUUGGGAGAGGGAGCUGGGGCCGUCCUGGCCCUGGCCCCAGGGGAACGCCUGCAGCUGGGCUGUAAGGAGUGCGAAUGCCAGCGCGGGGAGCUGCAUUGCACCAGCCGUGGCUGCCAAGGGCUCCUUCCUCUGAGUGGCUGGUCCGAGUGGUCGCCCUGUGGGCCCUGCCUGCCCCCCAGCACCCUGGCCCCUGCCUCAAGGACUGUCCUACGGGGGCGCUGGCCCCAGGACCUGGCCCAUCUCUCCCCCACCUCGGCCCCCUCGGCCCCCCUGCUGGUUUCAGAGCAGUACCGCCACCGCCUCUGUUUGGACCCUGAGACAGGGGGGCCCUGGGCCGGGGACCCUCACCUCUGCACUGCACCCCUCAGCCAGCAACGCCUCUGCCCCGACCCUCGAGCCUGCCAUGACUUAUGCCAGUGGAGUCCUUGGGGCCCCUGGACCCCCUGCCAGGUGCCCUGCAGUGGGGGAUUCCGGCUGCGCUGGAGAGAGGCAGGGGCUCCCACUGGAGGAGGCUGCCGGGGGCCUUGGGCUCAGACCGAGAGCUGCAACACGGGGCCCUGCGCAGGGGAGAGCUGUGAGGCCCGGGAGACUGUGCCUACCCUUGACUGUGCCAACCAGUGCCCUCGAAGCUGUGCUGACCUCUGGGAGCACGUGCAGUGUCUGCAGGGACCCUGCCGCCCAGGCUGCCGCUGUCCCCCUGGCCAACUGCUACAGGACGGGCACUGUGUGCCCAUCUCCUCUUGCCGCUGUGGCCUCCCCAGGCACAAUGCUUCAUGGGAGCUGGCCCCGGCUGAGGUGCUGCAGCUGGGCUGCAAAAACUGCACCUGCAUCAAUGGGUCCCUGGCAUGCCUGACCCGUGAGUGCCCAGUCCUUGGGCCUUGGUCAGCAUGGAGCAAUUGCUCAGUGCCCUGUGGCGGAGGCACGAUGGAGCGACGUCGGAGCUGCGAGGAGGGUCCCUGGGGGGCACUGUGCCAGGCCCAGGACAAAGAGCAGUGGCAGGAAUGCAACCCGCAGCCCUGCCCCGAGUGCCCCCCUGGACAGGCACUCACCACCUGUGCCACCUCAUGCCCGCACCUCUGCUCUCAUCUGCAGCCUGGCACCCUCUGUGUGCAGGAGACCUGCCAGCUCGGCUGUGGCUGCCCUGGAGGGCAGCUGCUGUACAAUGGCACGUGUGUGCCCCCUGCCGAGUGCCCCUGCACCCAGAUCUCUCUGCCUUGGGGCCUCACCCUGACCCUUGAGGAGCAGGCCCGGGAGCUGCCUCCAGAGACUGUACUCACCUGGAACUGCACCCGCUGUGUCUGCCAAGAUGGAGCCUUCAACUGUUCCCUCACUGGCUGUCAGGAGUGCCCUCCAGGGGAAACGUGGCAGCACGUGGCCCCUGGGGAGCUGGGGCCGUGUGAGCGGACGUGCCGGGAGCUGAACACCCCAGAGGCUUCUCAGAGCAACUGCAGUGCGGGGCGCGCCCCAAGCUGCAUGUGCCAGAGCGGGCACUUCCGCAGCCAGGCAGGCCCCUGUGUGCCCGCGGACCGCUGCGAAUGCUGGCACCACGGGCGUCCCCACCUGCCUGGAUCCGACUGGCAGGAGAACUGUGAGAGCUGCCGCUGCCUUGGUGGGAGGAAUGUCUGCACCCAGCAGUGCCCCCUCCUCACCUGUGCUCAGGGUGAAGUGAAGGUGCAGGAGCCGGGGAGCUGCUGCCCCACUUGCCGCCAGGAGACUUUGGAGGAGCAGUCACCCUCCUGCCAGCACCUCACGGAGCUUCGCAACCUCACCAAGGGCCCCUGCUACCUGGACCAGGUAGAAGUCAGCUACUGCAGUGGGCACUGCCCAUCCAGCACCGACGUCAUGCCUGAGGAGCCCUACCUGCAAAGCCAGUGUGACUGCUGUAGCUACCGCCUGGACCCCGAGAGCCCGGUGAGGGUCCUGCACCUGCGCUGUCCGGGCGGCCACACCGAGCCCGCGGUGCUGCCGGUCAUCCACAGCUGCCAGUGCCGCGCCUGCCAGGGAGGUGAUUUCUCAAAGCGCUGAAGGGCUGCCCUGGAUGAGUCCAAAUCCCUCCUGGGGUCGGCGGGCGCCGUGUGGAGCAUCCGGACCUGUCGGCAGCACCGAGCACCUCCUCCCACAAUCACCCACGUUCCCUGACAUUAGCAUUAUCCCAAAUAAAGUGGCAUUGGCAGCAAGUCCGUGUGUAGAAUCUCCCUCCUGGGGCCCAGAGGGGAAAGGGAGGAAGGGUGGGCUGAGCCCAGGACUGGAUCUGCAGAAGGACUAAGUUUCCAGGGCAUCCUCUGGGAAUGCCAUGGUCUGGCUGGUGAACUUGGGCAAGUGACUUCCCAUAUCUGAGCCUCAGUUUCCUCAUCUAACAUUUGGAAUAUAAGUCUAAGGACCUCUUGUAUUAGACAUCUCUAGUGCCCCCAGGUCACAGCCCCUCCACCCACCUGAUUUCAACUGCAACUGUGAUGGCCAGUUCCCAGCAAGCUCAGACUGGCGCUGCCAUCUGCUUCUCCCCCUCCUUUAUUUUCUUAAAUAGCUUUAUUGAAGUAUAAUUUACAUUCCACAUUUACCCAUUUCAUGUGUGCAAGACAAUGACGUGUAUGCAUUAUAAAUAUACAAAGUUGUGCAAACAUCACCUCAAUCUGGUUUUAGAAUAUUCCAUCACCUAAAAAAAGAUCCUUUGUGAACAUUUGCAAUCAGUCCUUGCCACCUUCAGCCCAGGAAACCACUAAAUUGCUUCAUAUCUCUCUAUAUUUGCCUUUUUCUGGACAUUUCAUAUCAGUUCCUGGUUUCUUUCAAUUAACAUAUUGAUUUUUUUUUAAUUCAGUUUUAUUGAAAUAUAUUCACAAACCAUACAGUCAUCCAUGGUAUACAAUCAACUGUUCACAGUAUGAUCAUAUAGUUAUGCGUUCAU